CAUCACUUUCCUCUCCACUUUACGCUCCUAUGUUUUUGAUUCUGUGCUGCUUCCACACAAUGUUGUCCAAGCCUGGAUCUUAAACAGUUUGCUUCCCAAAUGCACUAUAAAAGUCUAAGGAACUGAUUGUCUAUGCUUGCAUGAGUUAAUUGCCUUCUCCCCAGUCUCUUGGUCCUUUGAACCACAAAUCACCCUCAGCUGUUGGAUUCUGGAACUGUGAAAAGAGAAGAAAAGGUCAGCAACCAUAUCUCUGUAUGUUGGCCAAAUAAAUCAGUUUACAACAUAUCUGACUAAUAAUUAACACGUGGAAUCUUCCUAGAAAACCAUAGUCUGCAGCUUUCUGUUCAGAUUUUUUUCUGAUUGGUAACUGAAGGUACUACACUACAGUGAAUGAACAUUUGAUUAUAAAGUGAAGGACAACAAGCCUCAAAAAAGACUGCUAGAAGCACAAGAAUGUGGCUCAAAAUUCAGAUAUUGCUCUUAUAUUGCAUUGCAAGUGAAGUUUGUAUGGCAAAGCAGCUUGAUUCUAAAAGAAAUUUUCCCGGAGGACUUUACUCUGUAGAAGACGGCGGUUUUGCAAAGCGGAACAGGACUAAAAGGAAUCUGUAUCAGGGAAGGUCCUGCAUGGUACGAGGCUGUUGCACAGGAAGAGAUGAUGACUGCAGCUUUAAUAUCGUCUCUAAAGCAGCUAUAUGUUACUGUGACCAGUACUGUACCUCAGGUUCACCUGGCCCUGUAGACUGUUGUGCUGACUAUUGGGAUGUUUGUGACCACCCUGUUGAGCCCACCAGGUCAGAUGAGCCUUGGCCACCUCCAGCAUCAGGUUGUUAUAAAGACGGCCGAUAUUACAGAGAAGGAACAUUAAUUAAAGACAACUGCAAUUCCUGCAAAUGUUUCAACAGUCUCUGGAAAUGUUCAGCAGAUGUAUGCCUUGUUCGCCAAGACUUAAUUCAGGGCAUCAAUUCUGGCGAUUAUGGAUGGAAAGCUGAGAACUACAGUCAGUUCUGGGGAAUGACAUUGGAAGAAGGUUUCAGAAAGCGCCUGGGUACCUUUCCUCCAUCUCAUUCUUUGCUGAAUAUGAGAGAAGCUCCAGGAAAGUCACUUCCAGAAGAAAAGUUUCCUGCCAUUUUUUCAGCCACUUAUGAGUGGCCUGAGUGGAUUCACGAUCCUUUGGAUCAGCGAAACUGUGGAGCAUCCUGGGCUUUUUCAACCGCAAGUGUUGCAGCAGAUAGAAUAACAAUUCAUUCCAAGGGUCAGAUCACAGACAACCUUUCUGUUCAGAAUUUGAUCUCUUGUGAUACCAAUCAACAUGGAUGUAAUGGUGGAAGUAUUGAUGGUGCUUGGAGAUAUCUGAAAACACAUGGGGUUGUAUCCUAUGCUUGUUAUCCAUCAUUUUGGAACAGUCACCUGGGGCCAUCAGCUGAAAAUCACUGUUAUGUGUCAAGUGAAUAUGGAAAAAACUAUACAGAUGGGCCAUGUCCCAAUGCUUUAGAAGAAUCCAAUCGGUUAUACCGGUGUGCCUCUCACUACAGGGUCUCCUCAAAAGAAACUGAUAUAAUGAAAGAAAUCAUGGACAAAGGACCAGUGCAAGCUAUAAUGAGAGUGUAUGAAGAUUUUUUCCUUUACAAAGAGGGAAUAUAUCGACACACCCAGAAAGCAGGAUCUAAAUGGAAAACUCAUUCAGUCAAACUUCUUGGGUGGGGGUCAUUACCUGACAAAAAAGGACAGAAACAGAAGUUUUGGAUCGCUGCAAAUUCCUGGGGAAAAUCUUGGGGAGAAAAUGGUUAUUUUAGGAUUCUACGUGGACAAAAUGAGUGCGAUAUUGAGAAGCUGAUUUUAGCUACUUUGGGAGAGCCAUAGUCUAUCUGUACCAAACACUGAUGUAUCUAUUCUUUCCAUUGUUGCAUGUUGAGUCUUCCUAGAGAAAUAAAAUGUCUUCUCCUUAAGUUACCUUUCUAUUAGCCCUCAUUAGGUCUUCCUGACAUGAACACACUGCAGACACCACAUCAUGCUGUUGCUAAUCCUGAUUUGCUUGCAAGAUCUUCCUAAAAUCUGGGCUCUAAUGUUAAGUUUCUUCAGUGAGGAAAAAGUGCAAAACUACUCUCCUAGAUUUCUUUCUGAUCAAAUGAUCAUCUUGGCUUAAACAAAACACCCCAUGCAAGUGAAACAAAUCCCAUCAUAUCAAAGCAAUUGAAUGGUUUGAAAAGUGAUGUUGCUCUACCCACCCUCUCGGAUUAACCUUCUGUGACUGUACCUUUAGGUUGUUAUGUAUAUGGGAUAUGCCAUUUUUUUAUUAUUCCAAGUGUAUAAAAAUGAGCAUCUGGCAUACUGAUGGUGUGCCAGUUUUGUGGAUUCA